AUGUUGGCUGUCUUUAUUCUCGUUUCUUCCCGGCUUCCAUUUUGCUCUCAUACAGUCUUUCUUUCUUUCUUUCUUUCUUUCUUUCUUUCUUUAUACUCUCAUACUUUUCUAUCUUUCUUUUCCUUACUCCCAUAUUUCCUUUCUUUCUUUUUUUCUACUUUCAUAGUUUUCUAUCUUUCUUUCUUUUUCUUGUUCUCAUACAGUCUUUCUUUCUUUCUUUCUUUCGUGUACUACAUUUCUUUUUACUUUUUCUUUCUUUUUUCUUUUCACCUUUCUUUCUUUCUUCCUUUCUUUCUUAGAAAAAACCUUUCUUUUUCCUUUUUUAUUUCUUUCUUCCAGCAAAGACUUCUUUUCUUUCUGUCUUUCUUCUUUUACUUUCACUCUUUUUCUUCGGCAAUUUUUCUGCUACUUUUUUACCACUUUGAUCUCCCUUUCCUUUCUUUCGCUGUUUUUCCUUCCUCCCUCCCUUCCUUCCUUCCUCUCUUCCAUCCUCCCUUACUCCCUCCAUUCCUUCCUUCUUUCCUUCUCUUCCUUCACUCUAUCCUUCCUUCCUUCCUUCCUUCCUUCCUUCCUUCCUUCCUUCCUUCCUUCCUUCCUUAUCUUUCCUUCCUUCCUUCCUUCCUUCCUUCUAUCCCUUCCUCACUUCCUUCCUUCCUUCCUUCCAUCCCUUCCUUCCUUCCUUCCUUCCUUCCUUCCUUCCUUCCUUCCUUCCUCACUCCCUCCCUUCCCUCCAUCCCUUUCUUCACUCUAUCUUUCCUUCCUCCCUUCCCUCCAUCCCUUCCUUCACUCUAUCUUUCCUUCCUCCCUUCCCUCCAUCCCUUCCUUCACUCUAUCUUUCCUUCCUUCCUUCCCUCCAUCCCUGCCUUCACUCUAUCCUUCCUUCCUUCCUCCUUCCUUCCUUCCUUCCUUCCUCACUCCCUCCCUUCCUUCUUUCCUCCCUUCCCUCCAUCCGUUCCUUCUAUCUUUCCUUCCUUCCUUCCCUCCAUCCUUCCUUCACUCUAUCCUUCCUUCCUUCCUUCCUUCCUUCCCUCCAUCCCUUCCUUCCUUCCUUCCUUCCUUCCUUCCUUCCUUCCUUCCCUUCCUUCCUUCCUUCCUCCCUUCCCUCCAUCCCUUCCGUCACUCUAUCUUUCCUUCCUCCCUUCCCGCCAUCCCGUCCUUCACUCUAUCGUUCCUUCCUUUCUUCCUUCUUUCUUUCCUUCCUUCCCUCCAUCCCUUCUUUCUUUCCUUCCUUCCUCCCUUCCCUCCAUCCCUUCCUUCCUUCCAUCCCUUCCUUCACUCUAUCUUUUCUUCCUCCCUUCCCGCCAUCCCGUCCUUCACUUUAUCCUUCCUUACUUCCUUUCUUCCUUCUUUCCUUCCUUCCUUCCUUGCAGCCAGUGCUUCAACCAAUCCCCCCCUGGAUAG